UAAUUUAUCUUUUACGAACAAUAAUCCUUUUUAUUGUGGAAAAAUAAAUCGUAUUAAUAUUAUUGAAGAUGCAAAUAAAGUAUAUCAUCCGAUAAUGCAGAGGGUGUUUAUUGCGUCGUUAUUUAUAUAAAGUACAAAUAUAGAGGAAUCAUAUGUAGGGGUAAAUUCACUGAACGCGGUUAAUUCGAUAUAGUGAACUUUCACAGAUUAGGAUGCCAUUUUUUAAUGUCUGUUAUAAAAAAACAAUGCUGAAUUUAAGCAUUGUUCCCCAGACUGAAAUAUUUAAGACAAUAUUUUUCUGAUGUAUUGGUUACUGUAACGCCACAAAAAAUGAAGCUGAAUUACACGCAGUUGCCUAUCAAGGCACAUUAUUUCUUCUUUAUGGCAGCUAUGGGACCAAUUCUUCCAUUUUUACCAGUUUAUGGUAAACAACUUGGUAUUUCAGCAUUAAUUAUGGGCAGUAUAACAGCUAUUCUACCAAUCUUGUUCUUAAUUGCUAAACCAACUUUUGGUUUUCUCGUGGAUUAUUUUUAUGCCUGGAGAAAAACAAUUUUUAUCGCAUUAUUAGCAAUAACGAGUGGUUGCUAUAUUUGUAUGUACUUCUUACCAGUACUUCCAGGUCCAGUUUUUUCAGACUAUAGUUUUAGUAAUGUAUCUUGUGAUUUGUUACCAUAUUGUAAACUAGAGGAUAUUUCUAAGCCAUAUGUAUGUACUGGAGUAAAGAAUGCUAUAUGCCAUUGGACUUGUAUAGAUAAAAAUUUCUCUGUAUCAAUACAAUUCCAAGCACUUAAUGAAGAAAUAAGCUUUUCCUCAAAUUCAACGUGUUUAAUUGAUAAGAAUAGUACCUUAUAUUGUUCCAAACAUAGGAACUGCAAUGUUAUUUGUGAUAACUUGGAUGAUAGUUAUUGUCUAUAUACAUCUGUUACUUUUUGGGGUUUUGUUUUAUUAAUGUCUCUUGGUAAUAUUGGUUUCAAUGUAUGUAAUUGCAUGAGUGAUGCAAUUUGUUUUGAUAUAUUAGGUGAAGGUGGUCAAAUGGGGUAUGGUAGACAACGUGUUUGGGGAACUAUAGGUUUUGGAAUUUCUGCCUUUUUAGCUGGCUACACAGUAGAUUAUUGGUCUAAAGGAGAAAUUAUUAAAAUAUACACACCUGCGUUUUUACUUGUUUUCAUAUUCACACUCAUUGAUCUAUUCUGUUGUAAAAAAUUAGACCUGCCAGUAAUGACAGGAUCGGCAGAUAUACUGAAAGACAUUAUGAAACUUUUGAGGAUGAAACCUAUAAUUAUAUUUCUCUGUUUUGCAACAAUUGCCGGCAUUCUUGAUAGCUUUAUGAUUUAUUUCUUAUUUUGGUAUUUAGAAGACCUCGCUAUGGCAACUAAUUGCAUGAGAGAGAUUAAAUUAAUAGAAGGUUUAAUCGUUGCAGCAGAAACUUUGGGCGGCGAAGUAAUUUUUUUUUCAUUGUCUGGUAAGAUCCUAAAGAAACUAGGAUUCGCAUAUAGCUUUACAUUGUGUUUCGUAUGCUACGCUUUACGACUUGGACUGAUUUCUUUGGCAUUAAAUCCGUGGUGGGUAAUACCAAUAGAACUGUUUAUGCAAGGACCUACUUAUGCACUUUGUUACACGACAAUAGUCGCUUAUGCAAGUAAAGUUGCACCGCCCGGAACAUCAGCUACCGUUCAAGGAAUCGUAGCUGGCAUGGAUGACGGUUUUGGUUUUGCAAUUGGUAGCCUGAUAGGCGGAAUCUUAUACAAAUUAUUUGGAGGUGUAACGACGUUACGGAUAUUUUCAUCAAUUGCCGCUAUAGCAGCAGUCAUAUAUCUCAUUUUAUACCUGUUAUAUUUAAAAGAUGUAACACCAGAUACAAAGAAAAAUGUAGAGUGGAAAACACCAGAAGAAGCUCAAAAGAAAUGUACAGUUGCAGAAAGCUGACUACACAAAGAUGUAAAUCAAAAAUAUUUGAAUAUUUUACUGCAAAUGGAUAUUGUUGUUAAUAAUAUAAUUAUCGUUUUACUAACCGAUUUGUUUAUUACCAAUCGAUAAUUUAUAAAUAAAAUUAGACAUAUUUUUCUUA